AUGUCCAAGUUCACGAGGCUAUGUCUGCGGACAUCCCGCCCCCAGAGCCUCUUCGGCGUCAUUAGCCUUCAGACGGGGACCGAACUCAUAUCGCUGGCCCUCAUAUUCAACAAAGUGACGGGCGUAUACGGACUGCUCGCAAUCCUGACCGGCUACCAACUCUCGCUUCUGCAGCUCUCGACCUACGUUUACUCGAUUGGCGUGCUGGGCCUUUUGGUCUACCUCAUCCCGCACAUCAGGAAGCAAAGCCCCUUCGAGUGCCUUGCGCUGGCAUGGCUGUACAUCCUCGACACGGUCCUCAACGGGGCCUACACAGCCGCCUUCGGCCUCGAGUGGUACUUUGCCAGCAGUGCGACAGACGGAGAUGGCUCACCAAGAGGGUCGACCUCCCUCCCCGGUCUUGUCGUGGAAGGGCUGGAUGGACUGCGCCGGGAGACGGAGAUGCAUGGCAAGGUGGUGCCGCAAGAGACUGCGACCAGCAUGCUACUGAUCGUUGGCUUCACGCUGAUCCGCGUGUACUUCAGCGUCGUGGCCAUGGCGUUCGCUCGACAGGUGUUGCAAAAGUACAUGCAGCUGAUGAUUCUCGAAGGCCCUGGAGUGGAUGAGCAUGACGGGCCGUUCGCCGUGGAUCUUCCCGACGGCGACGGCCGAAAGGGACGUCUGGGACGGCUGAUGGUGUCCUUCGGCCGAGGCUACUGGCUGGAUCUUGCCGAGACGGAGGACUGGGAGAGAAACACGCAUACUCGCAAGCCGCAUGCCGGGGGAACACUGGCGGGCGAGGUUUGA